AUGGUAGCCGAUCAGUCGGUGGAGAUGCAGGCCUCGGAGGGCGCUGUGGUGCUCGUGCCCGGCUGUGCGAUGUUGCGACCGCCUGCGCUCGAGGUCGCCGACCCGACGGGGAUCGACGGGACCGGGCUCGAUGGGGGCGUCGGCGUGCAUGGCGUGCCCGACGAGAUGCAGGAGGACGACGGCAUGGGCGAGCCUGUGCUGGAUUGCGAGAAGGGGCCGAUUCAAGAGGGGGCCCAGGGCGCCCUGGACUGCGACGGGGGCGGCGCCGGGAAGCAGUGGGACGAGAUGCGCGUGGCCGAUGCCGCGGGCAAGUUGGGGGCUGGCGGCAAGUGA